AUGCGCCGUCCCCCUCCGGUCCCCCGGUCCCCGCCCCUCCCCCGGCCCGGGCGCAGUCCGGGCGCGGUCCCCGGGGGUCCGGAUCCCCCCCGACCCCCGGCCGUCCGGCCGCCCCCCACACAGCCCGAAGACCGCACGGGACGGGACGGGACAGGACGGGCCGGGCCGGACCGCAGGGACCCCGACGGCCAGCCCGGGACCCGCCCCGGAGAACGCACGCCUCCAUUGGACGACGAGCCCCCCGAGAAGCCACGCCCCCUGGGAAGCCUCGCCACCCCAUUGGACGCCGCGCCCCGGGAAGCCACGCCUCCAUCGGAAGCCACGCCCCCUGCGGAGCCGCGCCCCCGAGGAGCCGCGCCUCCAUUGGACGCCACGCCCCGGGAAGUCACGCCCCCUGCGAGGCCACGCCCCCUGCGUAGCCACGCCCCCCCCGAGGAGCCGGGCUGCCAUUGGACGCCGCGCCCCGGGAAGCCCCGCCCCCAUUGGAAGCCACGCCCCGGGAGGCCGCGCCUCAUUGGACGUCACGCCCCUGGAAGCCACGCCCCCUGGAAUCCACACCCCCAUUGGACGCCGCGCCCUGGAGAAGCCUUGGGGACGCCCCCUGGGAAGCCUCGCCCCCAUUGGAAGCCUCGCCCCUUGCAAACCACGCCCCCCAGGAAGCCACGCCCCUUGAAAAAGCCGCGCCUCCAUCGGAAGCCACGCCCCUGGAUAGCCACGCCCCCCGGGAAGCCUCCCCCAUUGGACACCACGCCCUUGACAAGCCACGCCCCCUGGGGAAGCCACGCCCCCGAGUACCUAUUCCCCCAUCGGACGCCUCGCCCUUAA